AUGAUCAUCGGUUCAUUAAUGAAUCUUGGCACAUGGUUUCGUUUAUUAUCCUUAAUCUCUCCAACAAAUGGCUAUGCAUGGUUAGUAAUUGGUCAAAUAUUUCCUGCUUUGAGUCAACCAUUUUUCACCAGUACUUGUGCCAUGUUUUCCGCUCGUUGGUUCUCAGGAAAUCAACGUGCUUUGGCUACAUCGAUCACUACAAUGGCGAAUCCACUGGGUAUAGCCAUCGGUUCAUUAAUGCCAACAUUUAUUGUUAUUGAUGCACAGUACAAGCAAUUUCUCAUAUUAUUGCUUGUUCAAGCUGGUUUUAUUACAUUGGCAACAUUGUUAAUUGUCUUAUUCUAUAAAUCGUCUCCUCCUACACCUCCGUCACGUUCACAAAAACCAGCUGUAACAAUGUCAUCAUCACCAACAACAGUAAUGUCAAAUAUUUGGAAAGAUUGUGUAAAAUUACUAAAGAAUAAACAAUUUCUCAUGUUAUUGUUCUCAUUUUCAAUCGGUUUAGGUUUAUUUAGUGCAAUUACUACAUUAUUAGAAGAAAUAAUUAGACCGUGUGGUUAUACCACAAGUGAUGCGGGCAUUUUUGGAGCAAUUAUAAUCGUCGCUGGUCUUAUUGGGGCGGGAAUCGCCGGUGUUCUCAUGGAUAAAACACACUCUUAUCGUUUAAUACUCAAAAUAUUAAUAGUUUUAGCCUUUUGUUCGGGCAUUUAUUUUCUUUUGAUAUUAAGACCAAACAUGUAUUAUCCUCUAGCAGUGUCUUUCGGUUUAAUGGGUUUAUUUCUCUUGCCAUUACUACCUGUAGUAUUUGAGUGUUCGAUCGAAUGUACGUUUCCGAUUAACGAAGCAUGUUCAAAUGGUAUACUUAUGUGUUCUGGGAAUAUUCUAGGAGGAAUUUUCAUUUUUAUAUUAGAUGCUUUAAUUAAAAAACAUCUCAAGUACACAACAAUAUUCACAUCAUCGUCUAUAUUCAUAUUUUGUUUAUUUAUAUGUACUACAAUUGUACUCCUUUUUUAUAAUGGACCAUAUUUACGUCGAGAAGCUGAACAACAAAAAUUAGAAUUUGGACAGCGGACUAGCACUAGUAUAUCGAUAAUAGAAGACGAACAAUUAAAUGGAAUAAUAUAA